AUGGGAAAGGCACAGGGCGGCAAGCGCAACAGCAGCGCGGCAGGCUCCUCGCCGUACGCCAAACCGCAAAAGUCGAACAAUGUCUUCAAGUUUAACAAAGCCGACCUCAAGCCUACAGACACGGUCCUCGAAAUCGGACCCGGUACCGGUAACCUGACGGUCAGGAUAUUGGAGAAUGCGAAAAAGUUGAUCGCCAUCGAGUUCGACCCGAGGAUGGCGGCCGAAGUGACAAAGGUCGACUGGGUGCCCUUUGACGUGCUCAUCUCCAACACACCAUACCAGAUCUCUUCGCCCUUGGUCUUCAAGAUGCUGGCCAUGCCCAAGCCGCCAAGGCAGGCCAUUCUCAUGUUCCAGCUCGAGUUCGGACAGCGGCUGGUGGCCAAGCCGGGCGACAAGCUCUACGGCCGAUUGAGUGUCAAUGCCAACUUUUGGGCGACGUGCUCCAAUGUCAUGAAAGUGUCCAAGGCGAACUUCAGGCCCCCCCCUCAAGUCGACUCGUGCGUCGUCCGCAUCGUGCCGAAGCAGGGCAGCGAGCGUCCCAGCAUUGCCUUUGAGGAGUUUGACGGCCUGCUCCGGAUCUGCUUCAACCGCAAGAACAGGACCAUGCGCGCGAGCUGGCUAGGGACGAAGGAGGUGCUCUCCAUGCUGGAAAAGAACUACCGCGUCUGGGCCGCCAUGAACAACGUGCCCCUCGACGACUCGCUGGUGGAGGAGGAGGGGGAGGAGGCGGGGGACGACGCGGCCGACGAGGAGAUGGACCUCGACGACGAGGCCCCCGAGCAGGAGCAGGACGACGACGGCGCGACCGACUUCUUCGCCGCCCUCAAGCCGGCCGAGGCGGAGAAGACGAAGAGCAAGCGCAAGAAGACAAAGGUCGCGGCCCUCGUCCGCCACAAGAUUGAGAGCGCGCUCGACAAGACGGAGCUGCUGGAGAAGCGCGCGCGGCAGUGCGACGAGACGGACUUUUUGAAGCUCCUGCACGCGCUCAACUCGGAGGGCAUUCACUUUGCAUGA